CAUGGGGGUGGAGAGUUCUUUGGGAUUCUAGAAUUCUGAGAGCACCUGGGUAGGAAAGGUUUCUGGUUUCUUAAUGUUCUACCUAUUUGAUAGGUUGGUGUGCCUGACUCACAGUAUGAGCUUACUAAAUGUUAUGAACUUUUUAUUAUUGAUUUCCUUUGUCAGUGGAUUGAUUUAUUCUUAAAGCACUGGUAUUCAUGUUAUGUGCUAGGCAUGUUAUGUUCUAGGUUUUGGGGUGGAAACAAUGAAUAUAGUGGGACUAUGUCCUUCUGUACUAUUAACCUAAUGGCUAAUUAUUAUAAGCUAAGCUUUCAUGGAACUUAUUUCUGUGCAGAGUCUGAGCAUGCUGGAUGUCUGACUCUGGAGAGACAGGGAGUAAACAGAUGCACAUGAUGUUCAUGUCAGACAUUAAAGAUUAUGAAGAAAAAUAAGGGAGAGAUGGCUUUGGAGAGGAAAUGUGAUCAGAGACCUCAGUGAAAUGAAGGACUGAGCUGCACGCCUGGGGGAGGAGCCUAAUAGGUGGAGGGAGCAGAAAGUGCAAAGUAGCUUUGGCAAGGGACUUGUUUGAGAAAGGAAAGGAGCCUUGUGUGGCUGGUGUGCAAUGGACGAGGAGAGGAGGUGAAGUCAGAGUCGGUUGGGUCCACGUUGUGUGAGACUUCAUAGACCUGACUGUGCAGGCAUCAUGGACAGAUCAAAAGAAAACUACAUUUCAGGGCUUGUUAAGGCCACGGUUCCUCCACUUGAUGGUCCAAAACGUGUUCCAGUGACGCAGCAGUUUUCUGGUCAGAAUCCGUUACCUGCGAGUAGUGGUCAGGCUCAGCGGGUCCUGUGCCCUUUAAAUUCCUCCCAGCGCAUUCCUUCUCAAGCACAAAAGCUUAUCUCCAGCCACAAACCAGUUCAGAAUCAUAUGCAGAAGCAAUUACAGGCAACCAGUGUACCUCAUCCUGUCUCUAAGCCACUGAAUGACACCCAGAAGAGCAAGCAGCCCCAGCCAGCAGCACCUGGAAAUAAACCUGAGGAAGAAGUGACAUCAAAACAGAAAAAUGAAGAAUCAAAAAAAAGGCAAUGGGCUUUGGAAGAUUUUGAAAUUGGUCGCCCGCUGGGUAAAGGAAAGUUUGGUAAUGUUUAUUUGGCAAGAGAAAAACAAAGCAAGUUUAUCCUGGCUCUUAAAGUGCUGUUUAAAGCUCAGCUGGAAAAAGCAGGAGUGGAGCAUCAGCUCAGAAGAGAAGUGGAAAUACAGUCCCAUCUUCGGCAUCCUAAUAUUCUCAGACUGUAUGGUUAUUUUCAUGAUGCCACCAGAGUUUACCUAAUUCUAGAAUAUGCGCCACUUGGAACAGUCUAUAGAGAACUCCAGAAACUUUCAAAGUUUGAUGAGCAGAGAACUGCUACUUAUAUCACAGAACUGGCAAAUGCCCUGUCUUACUGCCAUUCAAAGAGAGUUAUUCACAGAGACAUUAAGCCAGAGAACCUGCUGCUGGGAUCAUCUGGAGAGCUGAAGAUUGCAGAUUUUGGCUGGUCAGUUCAUGCUCCAUCCUCCAGGAGAACCACUCUCUGUGGCACCCUGGACUACCUGCCCCCUGAGAUGAUUGAAGGUCGGAUGCAUGAUGAGAAGGUAGACCUCUGGAGCCUGGGAGUUCUUUGCUAUGAAUUUUUAGUUGGGAAGCCUCCUUUUGAGGCAAACACAUACCAAGAGACCUACAAAAGAAUAUCACGGAUUGAAUUCACGUUUCCUGAGUUUGUAACAGAGGGAGCCAGAGACCUUAUUUCAAGACUGUUGAAGCAUAAUCCAAGCCAGAGGCUGACUCUCAGAGAAGUACUUGAACACCCCUGGAUCAAAGCAAAUUCAUCAAAACCAUCAAGUAGCCAAAACAAAGAAUCAAAUAGCAAAUAGUCUUAGGAAUCAUGCAGGGGGAGAAAUCCUUGAGCCCAGGGCUGCUGUACAGUGUCAGGAACAUGCUACUGAAAUCUGUUUUUACUAUUGAUGGCCUCCUUCAAUCUACAGCACUACAGGAAAUGUUUCUUACUGAACAGGCAGGGCCUCUGCCUCUCUAUUAGUAAAUGUGACACUGAAGUGAAUGUAGCCAUGAGAAUAAGGCUACUUUACUGGUUCGUGGCCUGGAGGCAACGUUCAACUGCAGCCAUCCCCGCAGCCUGCGCCAGCCCUGGUGUCCUUGUAGGAGAUGCGCUGAUUCUGGUUGUGGGGAAGUGACCAUUUGUCCUGACUCGAUCAGUUAAGGAGCUGUGCAAUAAUCUUCCAAGUACCUGGAGUGAGUGUGUUAUUUAUUGGGUGUCCAAGCUCAGUAAAGCUGUUGGAAUUAAUGUGAUCCUUUUAAAUGUUAAAAGUUCUAUAUAGAUUUGUGUCUUCUCCCACGGCAGUCCCUUCAGAGUGGCCUCUGUGUCAGGCCUGGUUGGGUUUCAAGUCCUCCUUAACCACUGAUCUCCCAGGAGAUGUUGUAAAACAGGAACACGUGCUACCUCCACUGCAGGACUUGGCUUGGGAUAAACAAGACCCAUGUGUCUAAGAGCCUUUAAGGGGUUAUUUUUUAUUGGAGUUUAUGGCAUGUGUGUAAACUAUAUAUGCAAAUAAAUAAAUAUCUAUUUAGAGCACAUAGA